ACUGCUGCUGUUCUUCUAUAACUUGUCUAUUCAAAACCCAAAAAAGGACAGGAAAAAGGAAGCAGAGAGAAAUGCAGUCCUCACUUUCAUGCCCUCAAGCAACAACAAACUUCAAAUUUCAACUGAAAUCAAGAACCAUUUCGACUUACGUACCACCACAUCAACAUCUUUUCAUUUCAUUUCCCAAACCUUCCAAUUCAUCACCUUUUGACUUAACACUUAGAUCCCAAUCCCAUGAACCACCCAAAAGAACCGCCACUUCUUUGACUUCAAAACGUUUUCAACUCCAGUGCAGUAUUUCAUCAGAGAGUUACAAUCUUAACAACGAGAAAAGUUUCGGAGAUUGGGUUGAGUGGCUCGGUGAAGUGAUUUCCACUGCAUUUCCGAUAUGGGUUUCUUUGGGAUGUUUGUUUGGGUUACUGAAGCCGACUUCUUUCAGUUGGGUUACGCCCAGGUGGAACAUUUUUGGCCUUAGUCUUACUAUGCUUGGUAUGGGCAUGACUCUUACUCUAGAUGAUCUUCGUGGUGCCCUCGCUAUGCCUAAAGAGUUGAUCUCGGGUUUUGUUCUCCAAUACUCGGUGAUGCCCUUGUCAGGGUUCCUUGUGAGCAAGCUCUUAAAUUUGCCAUCUCACUAUGCGGCUGGUUUAAUAUUGGUUGGUUGCUGCCCUGGUGGUACAGCAAGUAACAUUGUCACAUAUAUUGCCCGAGGAAAUGUGGCACUUUCCGUGUUGAUGACUGCAGCAAGCACUUUGUCAGCCGUGAUUAUGACCCCCUUUCUCACAGCCAAGCUGGCUGGGCAAUAUGUUGCAGUAGAUGCAGCUGGACUGCUAAUCUCAACACUGCAGGUUGUUCUUCUUCCUGUAUUGGCUGGUGCAUUCCUAAAUCAGUAUUUCCAGGGCCUGGUUAAAUUUGUUUCUCCUUUGAUGCCACCCAUUGCUGUGGGAACUGUUGCUAUUCUGUGUGGAAAUGCAAUUGCCCAGAGUGCUUCCGCAAUUCUUGCAUCUGGUCAACAAGUUGUGCUAGCUUCAUCCCUUCUUCAUGCAUCUGGAUUUUUCUUUGGCUAUAUUCUUUCAAGGGUGCUAGGGCUUGAGGUGGCAUCAUCACGAACCAUCUCUAUUGAGGUUGGCAUGCAGAACUCGGUUCUUGGACUUGUUCUUGCUUCUCAGCACUUCCAAAAUCCACUGACUGCAGUACCAUGUGCAGUUUCCAGCGUAUGCCACUCAAUUUUUGGUAGUAUAUUGGCAGGAAUUUGGAGACGCACUGUGCCGAAGCAGAAGCAGGAGUGAUACGUCAUUUCUACUUUGGAUGGACAUUAAUGCUUUGGUGGUGUUCUUUGAAAUGUACAUGUAUUUUAUGGACAUUUCAUAGCUUAGCAGAUACAUGGCUAGAUCGAGAUGAGUAUCUAGAGUUUGUCAUGGUUAUCUUGAGACACUGGAUAAUGUAAUUUGCCUGAAUCGAAAAUAAUAAAGACAGGAACUUGGAUA